UAUGGAUGAGAAUUUCUGUUUUAUGGAUAGAUACUCUCCUUACGAUAAAACAGUUUUUCUGAUAUUUUGUACUGCGUAUAUUUUACAAAAAGCCAUGGUGAACGUUCGUCGUGCUAACUUCAAAAGCUUCUGGGAUAAAUAUUCCGACAAGCCAGACACCAACUCGAUGAUGUUGAACCAUUCUGCGGAAGAAUUGGAGUCAAGUGAUCGUGCUGAUAUCUUGGCCAGUCUUCCACUUUUGCACAACAAAGACGUCGUUGAUAUUGGAGCUGGAAUCGGGCGAUUCACCACCGUUCUUGCCGAAACUGCUCGCUGGGUCUUGUCCACCGACUUCAUCGACAGCUUCAUCAAGAAGAACCAGGAACGUAAUGCUCAUCUUGGGAACAUCAACUAUCAAGUCGGAGACGCUGUUGGACUUAAAAUGGAGUCAAACAGUGUUGACUUGGUGUUCACUAACUGGCUCAUGAUGUACCUUUCCGAUGAGGAAACCGUUGAGUUCAUUUUCAACUGCAUGAGAUGGCUCAGAUCACAUGGAAUUGUUCAUCUCCGUGAGAGUUGUUCCGAGCCAAGCACAGGAAGAUCAAAAGCAAAAUCAAUGCAUGACACUGCAAAUGCCAACCCAACUCACUACAGAUUCUCUUCUCUCUACAUUAAUCUUCUCCGUGCCAUUCGCUACCGUGACGUCGACAACAAACUCUGGCGCUUCAAUGUUCAAUGGUCUUGCUCCGUUCCAACUUACAUCAAGAGAUCCAACAACUGGCGUCAAGUCCACUGGCUCGCCGAGAAGGUUCCAGCCGAGGAUGGAGCUAAGGGAACAUCAUUCAACGAGUUGGUUGAGUUGAUCAAGAACACAUGGCAAAAUGAGCAAGAGGCUUGGGAUGCAAAGUUGGAUGAUGAGAAAUACGUAUGGACGGAUAAGGUGUUCUCAUCUGCUCUUACAUCUCUCCCAUCCAACUCGACAUUCUUCCUCUACACUCCACGUACCGUUUCCCCAUACUGCCACAUCAAUGCUCACACUCUUGCGGAAACAUUCAAUGCCAAUGUCUGGAACACUGAAAUCAUUCCAGAAUACUACCGCACAUCACUCACAAAAUCAAACAACUUGAAGGAUCAGAGAGUUCGUUUUGGAUGGAAUCAAUCUCUGACCGACUCUGUCACCUAUUGGCAACAGAAGGAUGCUCUUUUCGAUGUCUUCGUUGCCACUGAAUUCUUGAGCACUGUUGAUGAUGAAACCAUUCGCCAACUUCCAAAUGUUAUGAGCGACGGAGCCAAGUUUAUCACGUUGGAGCCAGUUGAUGAAGUGAAUGAGGCUGAGAUGAAGCAACGCAUUCAAGAAUUGGGAUACACACUGAAGUCCUUCACAGAUGUCACUGAUCAGUGCAUUGAAGCUCAGGAACAAUACUUCAAGGAUCACGAACAACUGAGAGAUGAGAAAGUUAUUCGUAAGAACUGGGUACUUCUUGAGUUGACUCAUUAGAUUGUGAAUAUAUCUUAUUCUCCACUGGAUGGAACUGUACACGUAUUUUUCUUUAUUUCAAUUUCAUUUCUUAUCACUUUUUUUGUUUCCUGAAAUUGUAAUAUUACUUUUUUCAAUAUUGAUAUGUUUUCUCAUAAAAUUUCUAAUUUCCCUCUUUUACAUCACUUUUCCCAUUGUCGUGCUCUCUGAUGUGCCCAUUUUUCUUGUUCCGUUUUUUCUUUGCUGUUUUUUGUGUGUGUGAAUAAAGCUACUAGCGUCAAUUUUUUUCCCUAUUCUUCCUCGUUCCACAAUUUAAAUAUUAUUGUUCCUCGUAGAUAUGUUGAUCUCUAAUAUAUAUUU